AUGCCUUCUCAAUUGACCCGCAUCGUCUUCCGCAAUCUCAUCGCAAACGAGCCUCUGCUAUAUCGAGGAUGUCGCCAUCGCCCUCUUCGCCCCCGUACAGCCACCCAGAAUGCCUCUCGAUCGAUAUCCUAUACCCAGCGGCGCUCCUUCUUGGGCAAUCUCUUCAAACAACAGAGGAAGCUGAAGCCUGCCGAGCUGCCCGCCGGCCUCGAGAAGCUGACGGAGGUGGCAUUCGCAAAAGAGAAUGCCAUUCGUCCGCCCAAACCCGCCGAAGUCGCCCAAGCGAUCCGUGAUUUUUUUGCCUUGUACAAAGGAAAAUUUGAGGACUUUCAUGUGGCGAGCGCCCACUACGCGCUGCAGUAUCUGAAGGAAACACCACAGGACGAUGGACAGCCCUGGCUUACUAGGAAAGACAUGCAGGCGAUUCUUGAACAGCUUCUGGAAAAGCGACCGAAUGCGGUUGGCAAGUGGCAUCUUCCAUUUGGUCAGAUGCUCAUUGAUGAGCUUGCAAAAUCCACCCAAGGCGGCCAAGACAAGAACGGCAAUGCAAGCCGGAAAGACCUCGAUAUUCCAUUCGAUAUGUACAUUAAGCUUUCCCAAGUCCGCCUGCUGUCCUUAUUUGGUGCUCCUGCCAAGGCGAGACAGGUUGCGGCCGGCGCCUUCGUUUACGAUUCUAAUGCACCUGCUCCUGUACGACUAGCUUCUCUCCAUGCAUGGCAGACCGUGCUUGAAAGCAUUCUUGGUCAAAAUGACGCAGGCGGAAUAGCAAAGACUGUAAAUAUGCUACAAGACCUGUCGAUUCCCUUGACCCGCCCAUUACAACGCAUGCUAGUCGCACAUUAUGCCGAGAAAGGCGAUCUUGAAAAGGCCAAAUCAUGGUACUCCCGACCUGUCUUUUCCGAACUUGGUGAUCCUGCGACCCCCUCGGGAAAGACAAGCUCUGCAUUGCUGAGGGUUUGCGCUUCAAAAGGCGAAUUGACCUUUGGUCAGGAGGUCGUAGCCACUCUGCUCAAAGAUGCUAUGUCUACCAAAGAAGCUUGGGACGCUGUCUUUCUAUGGUCGGUAGCUAUCGGCAAAGGGCCCGACGAGAUCAAUCGUAUGAUUGAUGUACUAAUCCGUCGCAAUGAUGAGGCACGCCGCAAAGACCCCAGCAUUCCUGUCAUCCGCCCAGAUGUCGAAACCAUCAACACGCUGGUCGAACAUUGUAUGUCAAAGUCGGACCCUUACCUGGCCGAACGCUACAUUGUUCUUGGUGAGAAUCGUGGCAUCAUUCCCGAUGAAACGACCUACACUAUGCAGAUAGCAUAUCGAAUCUCUGUGGGAGACAUCGAUGGAGCUAGGGCGGCCUACUUCAACCUUCAAGGUUGCUUCUCAGGCGCUGAUCGCAGUGUUGCAGCCAUCAAUCAGCUGAUACAGGCCCUCUGUGUAUCAAACCAAAACCACUUUGAUGAGUUGAUGGCCAUGGUAGACGACCUACACGAGCGCAAGGCCAACUUUGCCCCCGAAACUGUCGCAGCCGUGACUCUCCUGCAUCUCCGGAGGGGCGAGAUCCCAGAUGCGAUGGACCUCCUGCAGGUACACGCACAUCAGUAUGCACCAGCCCAGCGAAAGAUUAUCCGAAAUGCGCUUUCAGUCUUUAUACUAGACGGCGAAACCAGCACAGCAGAUGCUUGGGACGGCUACCAGAUCCUACGUAAUGUCUUUGCUGAAACGCCCCGCGAAGACCGGAUACCUAUCAUGAACAACUUCUUUGCUAGGAAUCGUUCCGACAUGGCUUGUCACGUCUUCUUCCACAUGCGCAAUCACAUCAGCCCAACCCACACGGCAACUAAAGAAGUCUAUGUCGCCGCCUUUACCGGCUUCGCUCGUUGCGCGGAUGCCGAGUCGCUAGAACUGGCAAACAACCAGCUGAAGCUAGAUCUCAACGUGGACAUGGACACCAAGCUACGCAACUCCCUAAUGCUCGCCUAUGCGGCGACGGGAGAGAACCGCAAGGCGCUACGAUACUGGAGGGAGAUUUGUGAAUCAAAAGAGGGUCCUUCAUACAACAGCAUCCUCAUCGCGUUUCGAGCGUGUGAGGGAAUGCAUCUUGGAUCCGAGCACGCGCGGUCCAUCUGGACGCGCUUGAAAGAGCAGGAUAUUGACAUUGACAAGGCCAUUUGGACCGCCUACAUGUCGGCCAUUACACGAAACCACAACCACGAUGAGGCUUUGGCGCUUAUAGAGACUGUCGAGGAGGAGUAUGGCUUCAAGCUGGAUUUGCAAAUUCUAGGUAGCUGGUUCAACUGCACUGCCAACGGUGAGAAGCAAACACGAGUCGAGGCCUGGAUCAAGAAGCGAUAUCCACAAAUCUGGGACGAACUGGAAGCUCUGGGUCACUGGGUCACGAUGGACGGGUUCGGUUAUCGACAGUACAACAUUAACCGCGAUCUGGACCCAUAA